AUGUUGAAUUUGUAUGGGACGAAAGUUGAAAUUGUUGGUCAUGUGAUUAAUGAAGAUGCUCCUGGAAAUAAUCAAAUGACUUCUCCACAAAUACAAAAAGAGUUAGUGAGGGCUUGUGCAGAAGUGACCAUGCAAGCCAUUAUUGAUAAGAUUAGAGAUAGUCAUUUCUCUAUACUUCUUGAUGAGUCUCAUGAUACAUCAAUAAAAGAGCAAAUGACUGUGAUUGUGAGGUUUUUGAAUAAGCAAGGGCAAGUAAUUGAAAGAUUUCUUGUUGUUGAACAUGUUGCUGAUACUUCAGCCCCUUCAAUAAAGGCAGUUUUGAAUAGAUUAUUUGCCCGUUGUGGUUUAUCUAUUUCUAGAUUAAGAGGGCAGGGAUAUGAUGAAGCCUCUAAUAUGGAAGGGAAAUUUAAUCGGUUGAAGACAUUAAUUUUGAAUGAAAAUUUAUUUGCUUUUUAUGUCCAUUACUUUGUCCAUCAAUUGCAGUUGGUUGUCAUUAUUGUUGCUAGGAACAUUUUGGCUAUUAGUGAUUUUUUUCAACUAUGUCACUAUGAUUGUGAACAUUGUUGGUACUUCUUGCAAAAAGAGAUAUGCGUUGUGAUAAGUGCUUGA